GGAUUCCUUGACGCGUCGCGUUCUCUUACAAUAUUUUUUGUAACCACGCGAACAAGAACAACGAACGGUGAGCGGUGAUCGGAUGUUCGUUCUCACCUGAUUAGCGUUUCAACACACCUUCUUUAAAUUACCACUACUAUCGUGAAUCGGUACGCGACACGCCAAUCUAUGCACGGUUUUGUUAUCCUAGUACAAUAUGGCCGCGGUGACACAUUCGCUGGGCUGUCAAAUUGGCUUGGGAUACGCCUAAAUUUCAAUAGUUUAUCAUUCAAUAAUUAAUAGACAGUGGACGAGGAUGAAAAUUUUAAAUAUCAGCUGCUAGUUUAUACUGCAUUGGUACAUCGGAGAGAAGCCAGACCCAUGGUUAUGGAGGCUAUCGUGGAAUAUAAUUAUGAGGCACAUGAGUCUGAUGAACUAACCAUCCGCAAGGGCGACCUCCUAAAAGACAUACGGGUUAUGCCCGGCGGUUGGUGGGAGGGAACUUUAAGAGACAAGCGUGGCAUGUUCCCGGAUAAUUUUGUCAAGGUGAUAGAACCAGCAGCAGGCUUGGAAAUGGCUACUGCUGCCAAAAGUGAAGAGAACGUAGUUUUGCGUAAUGGAGGAUCGGGUCAAGCAAGAAGAUGGUGUAAAGUUCAGUUCAGUUACGAACCGUGUAACGAAGAUGAACUUGCCCUGACUCCUCAGGACUCAUUAGAAUUUUUAGGAGAAGUUGAAGAAGGUUGGUGGCGUGGCCGCCUUAGGGGUAGAAUUGGGGUUUUUCCAUCAAACUUUGUAUCCCCUCCGACUUAUGAAGAACACGACAAAGACAAACACAAGAGAGAAUUGUGUAGGGUAUUAUACCCUUAUGAGGCUCUGAAUGAGGACGAACUCACUCUUGUUGAAGGAGAAGUUGUGACCAUAAUCUCCAAGGAUGCACCUGACAAAGGUUGGUGGAAGGGAGAAUUACGAGGGCGGAUUGGCCUUUUUCCCGACAACUUCGUCGAAAUUUUGGGCCCUAAAGGAGAUCAACACGAACAGCACGAACAGCCGAUAUAUCCUUCAGGAAAAUCGAGUAUUAGACACAGCGUAACUACAAAACGAACAGAAAAAGCACACGCCCGGCGAAGUCUGGACACUCACAACAUUGCACAAACUGAAGGGACCAGAAAAUCUAUGACGUCAAGUUCUUCGUCUUCAUCUUCUGUUUCGGGAUUAACUGGAAUCGGGGGUGGUAGUGGAGAUAAAAAGCCUAAUGGUAGUCAGCUUCUAAUGACAAGUCUAAAGCGGCUAGUUGGUGGGGGUGGAAAUAGCAGUAAUGGCAGUGGUGCCAGUAGCAGCGUGAGUGGAUCGGUUGGGAUAGACGACGAAUUAGAUGGUGUACAGAGAGGAGAGGGAGCACCUCUAUCCCAUCCGACAGCAUCUCGUGCCAGGUUACCCAGACGACGGCCUCCAACGUCCCAGCACUUGCGCCAUCAUAAUGUUGUCAACAAUAAUCCCACGCCAACCACAUUGCAGAUAGAAUCUAACUUGGCAAAUGGGAGCGUUGUCACACCUAUGGAACGCUUGCGUGAAGAGGAAGGAGAUGGGGAGAGCAGAACUGCUAAAGGCAGACGAAUGCCGCCAUGGGUCGAAGAGCUCAAGCUGAAUCAGUUAGAGAGGAGAAAGACUAGCCCCGUUGAUAGGCCUGACAAGCCCGACAAGCCUGACAAGCCUGAGAAGCCAGAAACGAAAAAACCAAGAAGUAGCGACGUUAGUAGAGUUACAAUGAUUGGAGAUCCAAACAUAAAACCUGAUAUGGAAGGAGAUCAAACAAGAAGAAUCGAAGAAAGCCCGCGGGCAAAAGACGCAGAGAAAAGUCCAAUAGUGGAAGGCUUGGAGCAGCCUCCAGCCUUUGUUCCAUAUCCCAUGUACUGCCAACUACUCGAGAGGGUUGAGAUGCUAGAAGAGACAAUUGAGCGCCUAAGAGAACAGAUCGUCCCACUACUACAGGCUAACUUAUCAACGUCCAACAAAUUAUAAUUGUUAUAAAUUAUUACAGUUAAUAUUCUUCAACAUCGACUAAUCAUUCCUUUUUUACGCUUGUUACAAUCAACUUUGAUUUUAUAUUAUUAUUUAUUCAUAUUCAAAUGUGGCAAAAGUUUUCAAAAAAUCGAUGUCAUAUCACAGAACCUUAACUAACGAAUUUUCAACAUUCCGCCAUCCUCGGCCCAUCUGUACUUAUAUCGGCAAAAACUGGACUCUGAUUUUAACUGCCACGAUAAACCGCCCUACCUACUAUAUCAAAACGGGAGCUCCAGUUGCGGGUAGACUGUUUCUGUUCAUUGAUUUUGUAAUUUAAUUUUACCUUUUAAUCAUUGAUGCAUUUAAUUAUUAUAAAGGUACUAAUUGAUUCGUAUUAAUCGUUUUCGUUUUGACUGACAAUGAGUGCAUGCCAGACGACUAUAUAUCUUAGAGUAUAUAUAGACAUAAAAUAUGUAUUUGUAAGUACUUGAGUCAUCAAUCUAUUUGUUAGUCGCGAAAUUGCUUCCAUUAUUCAACGAAUUCGCGUAUAAAUUCCACGAUGAUCGUUGUUGAUAAAACGAUCAUCAUUUUAUACAUAAUCGUCGCCAUGAAUUGAUAAAUCCUACACGUUUAAUGAGAUGAUGGAUAAAUUGUUUAGAACGAAAGAAAAAAAAAAAUAUACCUUCGAAAGUCUUAUACGACUAGUAAGAUUAUAACGAAAUUAGACUAAAAUAAAUUUAAGACGAAUCGUACAUUGUACUCAAUUUAGGUUUAACUUGGCAUCUAUCAUAUGAAUUUCUGUUAGUCAGCGAAUGGUUGUUCCGUCAAAUUUGUUUAAUCAAGUUCCAAACUGAUCUAUACCCUGCACCCAUUUUAUCAAAAAUAGCCCGCAUGAAUACAAACUUCCAAGCCAUGAAACUUGGACAUUCCUUUUACUUUAUACACUAACGGUGCUAAUAACUUCUAGAUAUUAAAUAAUGUAACUAAAAAAGGGUUGUGCGAAUUACAUUUUCACCUCUGAAUCAAUUAUUGGGUCUCAAGAGAACCAGAAAUCCAAUACAAUCUCUAUUUUAAAGAUACAAUCAAUCGAAUAUAAACCCCUUUGGAUUUAAUUUUUCAUUCAUUGACCAAUUAUAAAAUAAUUAAGUGUGGGAAAAUUCAUUAACUUUCACAAAUGACUUGAUGAAAAAUUUUCUACCGCAAAACGAAGUAUUAACAAAUAUGAAACUAAUGUUGUGAAUUUUUUAUCAUAAGUCUCAAUAUUAUUCUACAUAAUAUAUAUGUAUAACGAAAAGCCAACAUGUGAAUGCAAUUUUAUGUAGUGAAUAUCUAAGUAAUGCAUUGCUGUGAGACUCGUAAAUGGUCUAGAAAAGAGAAUUUUUAGCAGCAUUUAUAUAAAAGUAUUAAGAUUUUUGAUUUUCUUUUUAUUGCCUCGACGUGUCCAUUGAUGUAUGAUUAUAAACUAUAAGAAUAUCGGAUGAUAUACAGUAUACAUAUAUACAUCUAAAAAAUGAAAAGAAUAAUAAUAAAUAAGACAAAAAAAAACUUGUAAGUAAAUAGAAUAAAAAUUUAAAAAAAAAAAAAGAACUUAAGAAAAAUAUGAAUUUAACGCAUAGGUAAAAUAUGUAAAUAGAGAUUAAUUACGUUUAUAUGUUCUUGUGCUUUGCGCCAACAAGUAAAACAAUGAAACAAG